GGGUGGCUCCUGCUACCUUCGCUUCCCCGGCGAGAGGUUUCCCGGGGAGCUCGCGUGUCGGCGGCUUGGCAAAGCUCUACAGCCAUGGUGGAGACACCGGUGCGAAUCCUGCAUCCGUGUCGCGAAGGUGAUGUGUUUCCUCUGAUUUGCUCCAGCGCACAUCGUGCAUGGUGUCAAAUAUUCAAUGUAUCUGCACUGCAGCCAUCCUUCUUUGUUUAUUCUGGCCCCAGUGAAGCAAAGUUGAAAGUUUCUCCAACUACAGGAAGCAAAUACAGCUUAUUGGUUGGUGCAGCCCUAGCCAUAAGCUCCAGUAUCUUCAUUGGUUCCAGUUUUAUCCUGAAAAAAAAGGGCCUUUUGCGAUUAGCUGGAAAAGGAGCCCUUAGAGCUGGACAGGGUGGAUAUUUGUAUUUGAAGGAAUGGUUAUGGUGGGCAGGGCUGCUGUCAAUGGGAAUAGGAGAAGCAGCAAACUUUGCUGCGUAUGCCUUUGCACCUGCAACUUUGGUAACCCCAAUGGGUGCACUGAGUGUUCUUGUAAGUGCAAUAUUAUCUUCCAGUCUGUUGGAUGAGAAGCUCAACAUUCAUGGGAAAAUGGGCUGUAUACUAUGCAUCUUGGGGGCCAUUGGAAUAUUAAUCCAUGUUCCUAAUGAGGAGGAAGUUGUGUCGUUGGACGAAUUGGAACCAAAGCUGAAAGAUCCAGUGUUCAUUACGUUUGCCGUCUUUAUAAUUGUGAUCUCACUAGUGCUCAUUUGCUUUGUUGCACCCAAGUUUGGUCAAACAAAUAUUCUGGUCUACAUCUCCAUUUGUUCCCUGAUUGGUGCAUUCUCCGUCUCCUCUGUCAAGGGCCUUGGCAUUGCAAUUAAAGACCUGUGGCACCACAAGCCUGUCUUCCGGUCGCCACUGAUAUAUAUUUUGGGGGCGGUUUUGGUGUUAUCUGUCAGCACACAGAUUAACUACCUCAACAAAUCGUUGGAUGUGUUUAAUACAUCUCUGGUGACGCCCGUAUAUUACGUGUUCUUCACAACCACCGUCUUGAUCUGCUCCAUCAUCCUUUUCAAAGAAUGGAAUAGCAUGGCGCUAGGCGAUAUUGUUGGGACCUUGAGUGGAUUCGUCACUAUCAUUAUAGGCAUUUUCUUUCUUCAAGCUUUCAAAAACAUAAGCAUCACCUGGAAUCAGUUGACAUCUACCACUAAAAAAGAUCCAAUGUUGCCUCUCUGCCAUUAUGAUGUCCAUCAUACUUUAUUGGAAGGCACCGAGACAGGUGAUGAGGACAAUCUGCUGUUCAGCCAAGGAAGUGAGCAGGAGGAUGGCCACCAUUCAUGAGGCUGUAGCUCCCAGUCAGCCAAUUGGAGAAAAUAAGGUCUAGGGAACUCAGCACCUUCCUCCUCUCUUCCUACAAAUGGCAGCACAGGUGCAACUGGAGGAAUGGAGAACAGUCACAGAAAAGGAAGUGUUGUGAAGAGUUUCCAUAUUCUCCUUCCAAACUUUUGGCAGCACAUGAACUUCACUGAUAUACUGGGUGCUGUUAAAGGGUUUCUUGAGCUAAAUAACACUGUAUAUAAAGCAUAUUGCCAUAUGUAGCACUUUAUGGUUUUCCUGUUUGAAAUGAGUGCUUUUACAGUUGUCCUGGAGGGUGUGGCUGGGGCUGGGGGGGGGGGGGAUCAUGAGCUUCCCAAAAUCUUCAUUACUGAAUGCUGUGAGGAUUUUCAGAUAGUAGUUGUCUUGAAGGGGAAAAACAGUCUGGUUGUAAAUUCUAGCAAAGCACUGUAUAUUCUCCUGAAAAGAGGAUCUGUCAUCGAUCAGGUGGCACUGAAUUUCAUAAAUAUAUUCUAAUUCUUAUUACAUGCAUAUUUUAACUUGAUUUUGUAAAUCUUAAAUUUAUUUUCUCAUAGACUCCUGUCUGAUAACAAAUCCCUGGGCCACAGAUCUACGUCACUAGGUGUCUUAUCAAGAGUUUCAGGAAUAUAAUUUGAAACAUUUCUUCUAUGAGAAUGCACCUUAAUAUACUUAAUUGGACUGUUUCAGGUUGACCAAGAUUUGCUAUAGUACUCUGCAAUUCGAUUUCUAAAAGAAUUUCCUCUUGUCCAUCAGAGCUAGAUGGAAACUGAAAUUUGGAUACAUAUUUUUAUCACAUAUUUGGCUAUGGGGGCAGAAUGUUAGAGAAGAGCUCAAGAUACUUGGCUGCAUGGAUGAGUCUACAGGUAGGGUCACCAAGUCCUCUAACAUACCUUUUAAAAUACCUGAAUUAAUUUGGAGGAUGGUUUUCAUGUGGGUUUGGCUGCAUGUUAUAGGAAUGAGUUAUUACAUGGCUUCUCAGGCUAGAUGAAAAAAUAAUGUUCUGAUGUUCUCCCACCCAUGACAAUAUGUACGGUUUACAUGGACUUUUAUUUGAAUGCUUCACAGUACAGGCAGCCUCUGCAUUGUUGUCUUGGUCACCUCCUUCACCAUUGUGUGAAUCAAAAAGUAACUGUAGUCAUCUAACAUCAGUUCUUAAAAGUUUAGCCUUAAAAUUGUGUUGUGCUAGUAAGCACCUACAGCACCUACAAUCUUAGCUAAUCAAUUCUAAAUUCUGAAAAUAAAAUGAGAACGAAGGAAAAAAGAUCACUUUAAGCUUCAACAGAUCAGAAGAGUACUGAAGUUACACUUGCAUUACAUGAAUGAAAUCAGUAUAGACUUUGAAAUGUAAUUGCUUUAGAGAGCAAAGUCUGGCCGCAGUAGCUUUAUAUGUUUGUUUUCGGUACCCGGUCUCCUAGGAACUGUUUGGGGAACAGCCGCACUAAGACAAGCCUUCUGGUUUCACUGGCAUUCUCCAUACUGAACUAUCUAGAGGCAUACAGAAGAGCUACUGUGUGUAUCUUACUGUUAACACCAGUGGCUCCAAUCCGGUACAUUAGCCUCUUCUUUUUUUGUAUGAUGUAAAUAGACUUGCCAGCCAGAUUCAAUGCAUUUCUUUCUUAUUAAUGCCAGUUCUGGUGAGAAAUCAUGCAAUUUCAGACAAUAUUGGUGGAAUGAUUGAUUAUUCUAAAUAGGCCUAAAAGAAAAAUGCCCAGUGACUUUGUGGGAACACCUGUGCCUAGAGGCUUACUCAUUCUGGGCCCUUCAUCUCCCCAUAUGAUUCAAGGGAAGGGGUGUUGGGAAUGCUUGUUACGUAGAAGAUGACCUGGUUCAGCCACCAAAUUAUCAUAAGACACAAAUAAUUGUUCACAGGCCUCCAACCCAGGCUUCCCUAAUCUAGAAUUUGAGAGUGUUAUUUUUCCCAGAUUGCUUUGAUGUGUAGUUGUAUGGUAAUUUGAAAUUUUCUUGUUUUGAUUAAAGGUGAGUUGGGGUUUUUUGGGGGGAGUAACUUUGUGACAGGGAGUUCCCCAUAUAGCCCUUAUGAGCUGUUUGUUUAUGAUGGCUUUUCCUUCCCUUUAACAGUGUUUUAGUGGAAGAAAGACCAAAAGCCAGACUCCCUGGAAUGUGGCUUAUUUAUUUCAAAGACUAAUCUUAAAUUCAUGUUCUUUUGUUCUGAGAAGCAGCAACUACCUUGAAAUAUAGUUUAGCUGGGUCUACACUUUGGAGUAUAUUAAUUUUUCAAGGCAGAUUUGUGACACUUCUGUUGUAUUUUUUAAAUGUAAGGCGCUAAUAACACAGGAAAUUCACAUUAGUAGAAUACAGCUAGCACCCAGCUGAACAUUUUUUAGCGCGCCCCCCCCCCCCAUUGCUAUGUUUUCAUACUCUAUCAGGAAGUACAUGUACAGGUGAGCUGAACUUUUAACUUUUAAGUGAGAAUUUGGGUAUAAUCUAGUUGUUGCCUGCUGAAAUAGUUGGUAGUAUGCAAAAUGAAGAUGCGUGAUUUAUGGUUAUAUUCAGAAACUGGCAUUUUAUUCUCAUUUAAGAGUUGCAAUACAACUUGUGCAUAACACCUUUUAUAUGGCACUUUAUGUGUGUAUGAUGUUUUUGUAUUUACUUACUACAUUGUAAUGAUUGACCAAAUACCCACUAGGCCAAUGGAAAUAACUUUUUGUACUGGUAUUGUAUAUCAAUGUUAGACAUUUCAGCAUGUUUAAAAACAAAAUUGGAUUCCUUGGGAAAGAGCUGUUUUGCCAUUUGCUUUAUUUGUCUGGCAUUGACAUUCACAGUGAAGUAAGUCCAGAGAAGCAUUUUGUGGUGCAAUCCAAUGCAGAGUUACUCCAGUUUACACCCAUGGAAAUCAAGAGGAGUAGACUGGAGUUACUCUACAUAGGAAAGUAUUCUUAGUUCUUGUCAGUCAGGAGAACUUUUUGCAUCAUUCAGAAAACACAGAGCAUUAAACAUUUCUGUACAAAUAUGUGUCUUAAGCUAUUUAAUUUGAAUAAGAUUGGGUUUUUAAUGUUUUACUCUGAUGAACGAUUUUGAAGGUUUAUUAUAAUUAUGUUGGACAUGGAAUAAAGUAUAGUUUUGUGUA